UCUCAGCUACUUUUCGGGGAGCGACAUCCAUUUCAGUGUCAGGAGCUUUCCCCUUUUAGCCAGCGGUCUUUGGAAUAAUAUGCUCGAACCUGCUGGUCAGAAAAAUGAAGUCCUUGAAUUGUCACCAACGCUGCCCCCGUUGCACUGUCCAGAGCAGGAAAGGCCAUAUCUCUACACGUACCACAACAGCGAUGAUGGGGUGGGGCAGCGGGCAGAAGCCGGAUGGUCAGAUCAGAAGGUUUUUGGCAGUGAAAUGACAUGUGCGGACAGGGAUCCAUCCAAUACUGUUCCGGUCUCAGUCCACCAGCUCAGACCAGCAGAUGUAAAGGUGAUCGCAGCCCUCGGUGAUUCAAUCACAGCAGGUAAUGGGGCAGGAUCAAAGCCCAAUGACGUGCUUGAUGUUCUCUCCCAGUACCGAGGUCUCUCCUGGAGCAUCGGUGGAGACGGGAAUAUAACAACAGUCACCACACUGGCCAACAUUCUCCGUGUGUUCAACCCUUCCCUGGUUGGAUAUUCCACUGGUGUUGGUCGGCAACACACCCAACAUGCUUUCCUGAACCAGGCUGUGGCGGGAUCUGUUACCGGGGAGUUGAUGCCCCAGGUCAGGGAACUCCUGAAGCGGAUGAAGAAUGAUUCGCUCAUCAAUUUCCAAGAGGAUUGGAAGAUAAUUACCCUGUUUGUUGGAGGGAAUGACCUCUGUGACUACUGCAAGAACCCAGCAGAAUUCUCGCCAGAUAACUUUAUCAAGAACAUACAAGAGGUUCUGGAUACUCUGCAUAAUCAGGUACCCAGAGCAUUUGUGAACUUGGUGACAGUUCUCCACAUCGUCCCGCUGCGAGAAUUAUUCACCGACACGCGUGUGAAGUGCAAUCUCUUCAUCUUAAGAUUACUUUGCAAGUGUGUUGUUAAUCCUGUGGACAACUCGGCACAGCUGAAUGAACUGAAAACCCUGAACCGGGAAUAUCAGAGACGAACGCACGCAUUGAUCAACUCUGGAAGGUAUGACAGUAGAGAAGACUUCACCGUGGUCAUCCAGCCAUUUCUGGAAGACAUCGAGAUACCGAGAGACGAGAACGGAGUGCCGGAUAAAUCCUACUUUGCCCCAGACUGCUUUCACUUCAACGUGAAGACCCAUGCACAGGCAGCACGCGGCUUGUGGAAUAACAUGCUGGAGCCUUUGGACGGGAAGACCAUGAAUCAGUCAAUUGACCAUCUAAACUAUCUUGGCUGUCCUUCACAGGAGCAGCCUUACUUAAGAACAUACAGGAACAGUAACUACACUUACCCAAACAACUCUGGCCAAGCGACUUCAGAGGCCCCCCGGACCACCAAGACCACAGUUGCACCAUCGCACAAGCCAUCUACAACACAAGUGCCCAUGGAAACAACUUCACCCAUUGUGAGAACCACAGGAGGUAACGAGCAGAUGUACGGCAGUGAGCUGGAGUGCAAAGACAGGACACCAUCACAUAUCAUUCCAAACUCAGUUCAUUCCCUUCGACCAGCAGAUGUGAAGGUGAUUGGUGCAUUGGGAGACUCCCUGACGGCGGGGAAUGGGAUCGGUUCGAAACCCAACGAUGUCCUGGAUGUUUUAACACAGUACAGAGGGCUGCCCUUCAGCAUUGGAGGGGAUGGAUCAUUGCAGACCACCACAACUCUGCCAAAUAUCCUCCGUGAAUUUAACCCUGGUUUGACAGGGUUUUCGACUGGGAAAGGAGGCGUUGAGAAGCCGAACGUGUUCCUGAAUCAAGCUGUCCCCGGGGCCUUGGCUGGAGAUCUUCCAGGCCAAGCACGAAGACUGGUGAACAUCAUGAGAAACAAUUCGAAAAUCGAUUUUCUGAACGACUGGAAGAUAAUAAACGUGUUUAUCGGGGGAAACGACUUGUGCAAUUACUGCACGGAUUCGGCCUAUUUUUCUGCGAUAAACUUUGCCAAGCGGAUAGAGGAAGCGCUGGAUAUCCUCCACAGUGAGGUUCCCAGAGCUUUUGUCAACCUAAUCGAAGUUUUGCAGCUCAUUCCAUUGAGAAGCCUUUAUCAGGAUAAGACGCUGAGCUGCCCCAGAGUACUAAUGAGGGUGUUGUGCUACUGUGUGGUAAAACCCAGUGAGAACUCUACAGAGCUGGAGAUGAUGUCUGAAGCCAACAGGGCCUACCAGCACCACACCAAAAUGCUCGUCGAGUCAGGCAGGUACGACACUCGAGAAGAUUUCACUGUCGUCUUGCAGCCUUUCUUUCAUCACGUCAAGGUCCCGAUUUUGGAAAAUGGACAUCCAGACACUUCGUUCUUUGCUCCAGACUGCUUCCAUUUGAGCAGGCGGUUCCACACACAGGUGGCGAGAGCUCUCUGGAAUAACAUGUUGCAACCUGUUGGGGAGAAGUCCAACUUCCAAGAUGUCACGGCCAACGUCUCUCUGGACUGCCCGUCACAGGGUGAACCCUUUCUUCGAACAUUCAAGAAUAGCAACUAUACCUACCAAGGCGUGGAUCCAACGACCACACCGCCUGCGAACUGGGGGAGCGACCUGUCCUGUCCGGAAAGCAGUCCGUCGGAAAUGGUGCCCAAGUCAGUUCACAGGAUUCGUCCUGCUGAUGUUAAACUCAUCGGAGCACUUGGAGACUCGUUAACAGUUGGAUACGGAGCUCGGGCAAGGAAUUUGUUUGAACUACCAAUGCAAUAUCAAGGUGUUGCAUGGAGCAUUGGCGGGGAUAAAAGACUUGAGGCCGUGACUACUCUUCCUAAUAUAUUGAAGAAGUUUAAUCCAAAUAUCUACGGCUAUUCUUCUGGAAUUGGGAAAUUGAGAAGCAAAUUCAACGUUGCAGCCACAGGGUCCAAGGCCAAUGAUAUGCCAACACAGGCCCGUACCCUGGUAGAGCUGAUGAACAAGAGCCCAAAAAUUAAUUUUGAAAAGGACUGGAAAGUGAUCACCCUAUUUAUUGGAGCUAAUGAUCUCUGCGAUUACUGCAUGGAUAAGAAGACCUACUCUGCUGAGAACUAUGUGAAAAAUAUUCAAGAAGCAUUGGACAUCCUACAGAAACAGGUGCCGAGAGCGUUUGUGAACGUCAUGCAGUUACUAGAGAUGAAUGAUAUUCGGAGGAUUGAGAAGAACACCAUCGGCUGUGCCUUGCUGCAGAAGAACAUCUGUCCUUGCUUGCUGAAGCUGCGAGACUCUUCUCCCGAGCUUAAAGAAGUGAUUCGAAUGAACCGAGCGUAUCAGACCAAACUGACUACGUUGAUUUACAGCGGUAGAUACGACACAACUGAUGACUUCACAGUUGUUCUACAGCCUUACUUCACGAACACAAUCCUUCCAUUGAAUGCAAUGGGUGAGCCGGACCUGGGCUUCUUCUCUGUAGACUGCUUCCAUUUAAGUGAACGAGGUCAAGCUGAGAUGGCUAUCGGCUUAUGGAAUAACAUGCUCGAACCUGUUGGUCAGAAGCAAAAUUACAACAACUUUACCUAUGACAGAAGAAAGCUGAGGUGCCCGAACUCAGACUCGCCUUACCUGUUCACACGUGGCAACAGUGGCGGGGAGCCGGAGAUCACAGUCACAACGUCAGCGCCGGAGAUCACAGUCACAACGUCAGCGCCGGAGGUCACGGUCACAACAUCCGAGCCCGAGACGGAGGAGAGAGCAUGGGUGGCAGUGCUCAUUGCUGUGGCUGGGGUGUUGGUGGGAGCGGCUCUCGUUCUGCUCAUUAUGAAGCUGAGAGGCAUGAAAUACAGACAUGGUGAUGAGAAACCAUUGGAGAUGAAUGGAAUUAAACUAUAAGACAUGGGCA